AUGAUGAUGGCCGAGGAUCUCGGUGUGGAAGCGAAGGAAGCAUCUGUUCGCGAGGUUGCGAAGCUGUUACCUCUCCCGGAGCUUCUUCAUUCAAUUGCAUCGAUCAAAGCUGAUUACGUUUCACGUCAACAGGCCAAUGACGCACAGCUUAGUACAAUGGUCGCAGAGCAGGUUGAGCAGUCACACGCAGGACUGAAAUCACUCUCCUUUUCUGAGAAGACAAUAAAUCAGCUUCGGGAAAACUUUAUCUCCAUUGAGAAUUUAUGUCAGGAAUGCCAAACAUUAAUUGACAACCAUGACCAGAUAAAGAUACUUAGCAAUGCAAGAAAUAACUUAAACACAACCUUGAAGGAUGUUGAAGGUAUGAUGUCCAUCUCUGUCGAGGCAGCGGAGGCUCGGGAUUCUUUGACUGAUGACAAAGAAAUUGUCAAUACUUACGAGAGGUUAACAGCUUUGGAUGGAAAGCGAAGGUUUGCAUUAGCAGCAGCAGCAUCUCACAAGGAAGAAGUUGGAAGGCUAAGGGAAUAUUUUGAAGAUGUAGAUAGAACAUGGGAGAAUUUUGAGAAGACACUAUGGGAUCAUGUUGCCAAUUUCUAUAAACUUUCUAAAGAAAGCCCACAAACUUUGGUUCGUGCUUUACGGGUUGUUGAAAUGCAAGAAAUCCAUGAUCAACAGGUUGCAGAGGAAGUAGCUGAGGCUGAAGGGGAUGGUGCAUUGGCAUCAGCCACAAAUCCUCAUAGAAGUGCCAUAAAACCUUCAAGCGCAACGGCUUCGAAAAAUUUAACACCACAAAAAUUGAAGGUUCAGGGGAAAGGCUAUAAGGAUAAGUGUUACGAGCAAAUUAGGAAGACUGUUGAAGGACGAUUUACCAAACUUCUAAAUGAGCUUGUGGUUGAGGACCUGAAAGCAGCAUUAGAGGAAGCUCGAAUGAUUGGGGAGGAACUUGGAGAUAUCUAUGACUAUGUUGCCCCCUGCUUUCCUCCAAGAUAUGAAAUAUUCCAACUAAUGGUAAAUUUGUACACUGAGAGGUUUAUUCAGAUGCUAAGGUUGCUUAGUGACAAGGCCAAUGGAUUAACAAAUAUCGAGAUAUUAAAGGUAACUGGUUGGGUGGUUGAAUACCAAGAUAACCUAAUUGGCCUUGGUGUUGACGAGUCUUUGGCCCAAGUAUGCUCUGAGAGUGGUGCAAUGGAUCCUCUUAUGAAUUCUUAUGUUGAGCGAAUGCAAGCUACAACAAGGAAAUGGUAUUUGAAUAUUCUGGAAGCAGAUAAAACACAGCCCCCAAAGAAAACUGAAGAUGGGAAGCUAUACACCCCAGCUGCUGUUGAUCUAUUCAGGAUACUUGGAGAGCAAGUUCAAAUUGUCCGAGAUAAUAGCACUGAUGUCAUGUUAUACCGAAUUUCCUUGGCAACCAUUCAGGUGAUGAUUGAUUUUCAAGCAGCUGAAAAGAAGAGACUUCAAGAACCAGCUUCUGAAAUUGGUCUGGAACCUUUAUGUGCUAUGAUAAACAAUAAUUUGCGCUGCUAUGAUCUUGCAAUGGAGCUAAGUAAUAGCACCAUAGAAGCUCUUCCACAGAACUAUGCAGAGCAGGUUAAUUUUGAAGAUACUUGUAAGGGGUUUCUCGAGGUUGCUAAGGAAGCUGUGCAUCAAACAGUAAGUGUAAUAUUUGAAGAUCCUGGUGUCCAGGAGUUGCUGGUCAAGCUAUACCAUAAAGAAUGGAGUGAGGGGCAGGUUACUGAAUACUUGGUUGCAACAUUUGGCGAUUAUUUUACUGAUGUAAAAAUGUACAUUGAAGAAAGGUCUUUUAGGAGGUUUGUUGAAGCUUGCCUAGAGGAAACGGUGGUUGUUUAUGUUGACCGUCUUUUAACACAGAAAAACUACAUCAAGGAGGAAACUAUUGAACGGAUGAGGCUAGAUGAGGAGGUCAUCAUGGACUUUUUUAGGGAACAUAUCAGUGUUUCUAAAGUUGAAAACAGAGUGAGCGUACUUAGCGACUUGAGGGAACUUGCUUCAGCAGAGAGCCUCGAUACCUUCACACUCAUCUAUACAAAUAUACUUGAACAUCAACCUGACUGCCCGCCUGAAGUUGUUGAGAAACUUGUUGGUCUACGAGAAGGAAUUCCUCGGAAGGAUGCCAAGGAGGUCAUACAAGAGUGUAAAGACAUAUAUGAAAAUUCUCUUAUUGAUGGAAGACCUCCAAAGACAGGUUUUGUUUUCCCCCGGGUGAAGUGCUUAACUGCUUCCAAGGGUGGACUUUGGCGUAAACUCACUUGA